AUGGCACCAAUGCCGUGUGGUGGACGCGUCGGCAGCUUCGCCACCAAUGUUGAGCAGGCACUUUUUGCCUUUGCGGCAUCCUCUCUGCGAGAUCGGUCAACCAAGCUUUUAGGCAUUUUGCAAGCGCGCGCGCAAGACUGGCCUCGACAAGGCGUCGAUCGGCUGCGGGAAGGGUUAGUGUGCUGCCAACGGCAUAUUUCGGGUUACCAUGGUCGAUUUGAGAAUAGGCGGGGGGCCAUGAUUCGGGCCUGUGCUGCAGACGACGGGCAGUCUUGCAGAUGGAGUGUUUUACUCGACCAAGUUGGUCUUGCCUUGCCUUUGGCCCUUCUCGAAAAGCCCCUCUCGGCUGGCUUCCUGGGACGGAGACUGCCGGGCGGCCAGGGGGGCCGCGCAAUCAUGUAG